AUGGCUAAGCACCACCCAGAUCUAAUCUUCUGCAGAAAACAGCCUGGAGUUGCUAUUGGCCGCUUGUGUGAGAAAUGUGAUGGUAAAUGUGUAAUUUGCGACUCGUACGUACGACCUUGUACGUUGGUGCGAAUAUGUGACGAGUGUAAUUACGGUUCAUAUCAGGGACGUUGCGUUAUUUGCGGAGGGCCCGGUGUCUCGGAUGCUUAUUAUUGUAAAGAGUGCACAAUACAGGAAAAAGACAGAGAUGGGUGUCCUAAGAUUGUGAACCUUGGAAGCUCAAAGACAGAUCUGUUCUAUGAACGGAAGAAAUAUGGGUUUAGAAGACAUUAA